AUUUUUUCUUCUCCCAUCCCCACCCAGUUCUUUGUCCGUAUCUAUCCAUCUGUUAAGUAUCUAUUCGAUGUUUAUAUCCAGCGCUAACUCAAUUUCUUCAUAUCUAAUAUCUAUCUAUCUAUCUAUCUAUCUAUCUAUCUAUCUAUCUAUCUAUCUAUUUUCUGUUCUAUCUAUCUAUCUAUCUAUCUAUCUAUCUAUCUAUCUAUCUAUCUAUCUAUCUAUCCAUCAAUUCGAAAUAAACUUUAUCUAUCUAUCUAUCUAUCUAUCUAUCUAUCUAUCUAUCUAUCUAUCUAUUCGCUUUUCUUUCCUAUCUAUUAACUAUUUAUCAUCUAUCUGCUUUUUACCUAUCUCAAUCUUCACAUCUAUCUAUCUAUCUAUCUAUCUAUCUAUCUAUCUAUCUAUCUAUCUAUCUAUCUAUCUAUCUCUAGCUUUCACUUUUUUCUCUGUCCAUUCUUCCAUUUUUCCUCCUAAUCUUUAUCUUGUUCUCUCUCUCUUUCUUUCUCUCUUUCUCUCUCUCUCUCUCUCGCCCCACCACCCCCACCGCGAGCAAACUGACCGACACGCCAAGCACAAAACAAUCGUUUUGUUUUGGUGA